AUGGCCGGCGGGAGGAAGCGGGAGUGGCUGAGGAAGAAGAUGGCGACGGCGGUGGCCGGGACAUCUGCGGGCGCGGGCGGCCAGCAGCAGUCGCCGCAGUGGGCGCUGCGCGUUCGCGCGCUAUCGGCCGCGCUGCGCCGGCGGAGGCACGGGCAGGGGGCCGCCGCCGGCCUCCCGCGCGUCGACUUCCUCCGCCGCCUGUACGAGAGCGUCGUCUUCCACCUGCUGUGGGUGAUCGAGUCCGCCGUCGUCCUCGCCACGCUCUGCUUCUUCUUCCUGCGCUUCGGCUUCCGCCUGUGA